AUGACUCUCCUCACACUGGGAUUGUACCUGCCGCUGUGGUUCUGCUGUGGCCUGGCCCAGUCCUCCUUCCUGGACGGCUUCAUUUCAUUCCCAGCAGCUCUCAGGUCCCAGGAGCAGCAGAAGAGAUUCAGCCCAUGCUGUUUGCUGAGUCCACCUCCACCCCCACUCUUCCCUCCACCCCCUUCACAUUGGCGCCGGCACGCUCAUAAUGAAGGCAUGCCAAACAAUGGCCCGAAGAAUGAGCCGAGCAACCAGGACAAAGGUUCUGCCUGCGUCCGAGGUCUCCCUGGGCCUGCUGGUCCUCCAGGGCCCCAGGGUCCCGCCGGAUUACCUGGGAUAGAAGGACCUAAGGGAGAAAGGGGAGAAAUUGGAAGACCUGGGCAAAAGGGUCGGACAGGCACUCAAGGACUCCCUGGGAAGCAGGGAUCAGCUGGAUGGCCAGGACCAAGUGGGCCCAAAGGAGAGAAAGGUGACUCAGGGCUGAUGGGAUUGCCUGGAGCCAGAGGACCAAUUGGGCCAAGGGGUUUAGCAGGGUAUAAAGGAGAGAAGGGCUCUCGAGGGGAUCGUGGUACGGGUGGAUUGAAAGGCGACAAGGGUGGAAUGGGUUUCCCAGGAAUGCUUGGACAGAAAGGUGAACUGGGUCCAAAGGGAGAACCUGGAAUCUCAGGAAACAGAGGACCCACUGGUCGACCAGGGAAAAGAGGCAAGCAGGGAGGGAAAGGAGACACAGGCAGUGUUGGUCCUAUGGGACCUGCAGGCCCACAUGGACCUCAAGGCCACCCCGGCCCUCCUGGUGCUCCUGCCACAGGUGUUUACAUGGUUGCAACAAAGGGAGCACGGGGUCUACCCGGGCCUCCUGGAAAGUGUAGCUGCGGCUCCAUCAGCGGUUCUGAUGAUUCUUCUACCAAAGGAAACUAUCCCAAAGUACCAGCGAUAUUCGUCGUAAGCAACGAGGAAGAACUGGAGCGCCUUCAGGUCGAUAAUGCUCUCGCAUUCCGCAAAGAUCAGAGAUCUCUCUAUUUCAAAGACAUUGAUGGCUGGCUGCCAAUCCAGACUUUUCCAUUCCAGCUGACACCGUUCCAAUCCAUGGAGAACGCGCCUGAUGAUGAAGGUUACUGUGGAGACGGGGUCGUGCAGAUUUCCAGCGGGGAGGAGUGCGAUGACAGCAAUCGAGUCGUCACUGACGGCUGCGUCAAAUGUAAACACGCCUACUGUGGAGACGGGUAUCGCUACGAGGGGGCCGAGGAGUGUGAUGGAAAAGACUUUGGAUACCAGACAUGUAAUUCAUAUCUUCCAGGGUCGUAUGGUCAUCUCAAGUGCUCACCAUACUGUGUCAUCGACUCCACAAACUGCAAGUACUUCACUUGA